AUGUUGGCUCCAAAAUUCAGGAUUCAGUGUUCAGGCGAGAUGUCAUUGCGCAACCCUAAUGCGACUUAUUUUUCAGGGAUCGCUGUAUGCCAUACGCCUGGUGACUGUAUAGAAGAGAUCGCCGAUUUUACCAUGUCUCUCAUACUGAAUCUCUACAGACGAACAUAUUGGCUGGCGAAAGCCGUUAGUGAGGGCAAAAAAGUGGUAGGGGCCGAACACGUGCGAGAGGUAGCCGGUGGAAGUAAACGAAUGCGUGGUGAUGUACUGGGAAUCAUCGGUAUGGGACGUGUUGGAACAGCCGUCGCUUUACGUGCUCGUUCGUUUGGGAUGAACAUCGCAUUCUAUGAUCCGUUCGUACCCGACGGAUUUGAAAAAGCCCUCGGAGUUGAAAGGUGUUACGCUCUGGACGAUUUACUGAUGAAGAGUGAUGCGAUUUCAUUGCAUUGUUUAUUGACGGAUGAAACUCGGCACAUCAUCAAUGAACAGACGCUGAAACAAUGCAGACCGGGUGUAUUCAUCAUUAAUACGAGCCGAGGAGGUCUUAUCGAUGAGGCUGACCUUGCUAGCUUUCUGAAAUCCGGCCAUGUUCGAGGUGCUGCCUUGGACGUUCAUGAGCAGGAACCCUAUGAAGGAAACAUUAUGAAUCCACUUUCUCAAUGCCCUAAUGUGAUACAUACACCUCAUGCGUCAUGGUUUUCUGAUAGCUCCUGUAAAGAACUGAGGGUUAAUGCUGCUAAAGAGGUCCGACGUGCAAUUCUGAAUCGGUUUCCAAACGAUUUGCUCAACUGUGUGAACAAGGACCAGCUACUCGCCAAUGGUGGUGGUGCUCGAAGGGCGUUGGCAGCUGCGGCUGCUGCUGCUGCCAAUCAACCCGGUCCCAGCAGUUACAAUCCACUUGUGGGAAUGCAAAACUUUGGCUUCAAUGGUUUGCCACAAAUGGGUCAGAUGGGUGCAUUCCCAUACGGAAAUCCGUUGCUGGCUAUGGGCGGUAUGAAUCUGAACCCGUUGCUGAUGACGCCAAAUUCGGCUGCAUUGGCUCAGUUCGCAAAUCCUGCCGCAGCACUUUCAACGCUAGCUGCUCAGACCUCCCAAGCACCCGUUGUAAAUGUAGGAUCUCCGGCUCUGAACGCUACUCCAAGCCCUAAUGCAACUUCUGGAAAGCUGGCGAGUCCACAGAAUGGAGGGAUCACACCGCCGUCUCCGUCUAAUGCUGAGGUACCUGUAUCCCUGUCGGCAAACCUGCCUGGCGCUACGGGUGCAUCGGGGGAGGAGAUCCGUUUGAAAACCGAGAAAGAAGAGCCAGUCGAAGUGAAUGGUCAAGGAGAGAACGAGCUGAAUGGUACAAACGACUAA